AUGAUUGGUCCCAAAAUAUUGUGUAUUCCUGGAGGGCCUGGUCCAACAAUACGGGAACAUGGAUUAGCAGCACUACGUACAUGUUCAAGAACAUCAAUGACUCCACUGGAUAAAAUGCUUUGUAUGGAAGCUGCAUGGUCUGUGAUGAAGUUGGAAGCAAAUCCCGUUACAACUGAUGAUGGAAUUCCGACUUUUACUGAAUCCCAGUGCACAUCAUUUUGUAAAGCAAACAAUUUGGUGCUUAUCGUACGAGGACGACAAUUGGUUGAUGAAGGGUUCCUCAAUUACCCAAAAGAAGUCUUGACCAUUGUCUCAGCAGUUGCUUAUCUGGAUAAUUUUAGAAACUGCGCUGCUGCUGUGACUUUCCAAGGACUAAAUGCCUCCGUGAUACGAUACCGAAUGGAGGAAGGGGAGCCAAAAUCAUUGGAUAUCGUUAAACCAGGCAUAGGAAGAAACGCAAUGGCUUAUCCCGUCUAA